UACACGCCCAGACGCAUUCUAUUGGCGGAGAUCACCGUUGCCCUGGUUACUGUGGAAACCAGGGCAUGUCGUUGGUAGCAUACACACGGCUGAGCAGUAUCUUAAAGCGGGUUUCAUGGACCAUUUCACAGAGCAGUUGGUGCAACAAGCUAAAAUUAUCGUCAUGGGUGUUCUGGAGAGUGCCAAGGGACAGCUUCAAGAUUUGCAGAUUCAAGAAAGUAGGGAAGAAAUUGAAGAACAGCCUGGUUUCCAAAUCCGUAACAUCCAGUGGGUUACAAAUAAGGACUUCACAAUUGCCAUUGGGGCAAAACAAAUAGAAGAAUAUAUUUCUGUAAGUUUUC